UGCAGUUUUCUAGUGAUUGUAUGACAGAGUACGAUAUAUAAUAUUUAUUAAUCAAGUUCUAACAAUAAAAAAUAAAGCAUCUACGACAUUAACUACUGCGUUCGUUUUGUUUUCUCUUUUGUUGAAGUGUUGCUUUCUUAAAUACAAUUUUGUGGUUAUUAAUUUAGGUGCAACAAACAGCUUUCUGAAUGUAAAAUAUAUACUUCUUAUAUUGAAUGCCAAUGUGAAUAUUUAUACAAAGAUUCAUUAUAGCGUGAAUUUAAAGAGAAAAAAUUGUAAAAUUUGGAAUGAAGUUAUUUUUUUGUUUUGUAAAAGUAAUUACUCAAGCUGCAUAAUAACACAUAAGUUAAACAGCAUUAUACUGUUAUAAAAAACUAAAAUGUUACAUUUGUUGCGUUGGUAUUAGCAAGACUAACUGGCAGCAGAUUGAUUGGACUCGGAUAUGGUAUUUGUAGCAUUAAGUGUUGCCAAAAUUUAUUGAAAUGAGUAAUUGCACGUAAUUUGUACUUACUAACUCAUAUGAAAAAAUUUGACUAUGAAAUGUUUGAACGGAUAUGACCAAUUUCGCAUCUAUUUCACUUAGAUUGGUUAUGAUUUCUUACAAGGUCAAUCUCCAAGUGUUAUAAAUAAAAUUUAAAGUUACAGAGUUUUAGUACGUAUAAUUGUCGAAAAUUUAUAUUGUUUCUUAUACAAAUAUUUAUGAGAGAUGGCAAUACUAUUUUGAGUACUUAAGAAAUGUAUCAAGGUGGUGCAUUACUAUUUUUUGGUUUCGUGUAUUGGUUUUACUUUUGGCUUUGUGAUUGUUAGGCUAUAUUUUAGUGAGUUAGGAAAAUAAAUUAAAAAAAAAAUCGGAAUGUUUAUUAAUUUUACUUUUGGCUUUUUACCUAAAACUUCUUAAAAUUUGCCAAUUUUUUAUGCUAAGUGUCGAUUUAUACCAAAUUGAACUAUAAUUGCUGGUUGAAAAGAAAUGUUCAAUAGUCUUUUUUAAAUAUCAGUGUUAAUAUGCUUUCUUAGGUAGAUUGAUUUUCAUUGAUCGCUAUCGACUUGAUUAUGUUUAACGCCAAAGAGAUUGACAUUAAUAUCAAUUGAGUACUUAAUUUCACCUGUAAAAUCAAGUGGUAGGAAUGUAAUUUAAUGAUUUAUACUGCCAAGAAAAUAUUAAAUCCAUGAACUAAUUAAAAUAGUGUGUGAAUAUAUAAGUUUUACAAGUGGUUAAACAAUGUUCUGUUAAGAACUAUACAAUAAUGUAAAAUAAUCAACUUAAAAUUUACACAUUUGUUAAGAAGCAUCAUCAUUCAAUCAGUUGGCGACGAAUUGUAUUCAUACUUGUAUCUGAAAAACUUUGGUGAUGAAUUCUUCAGCGGUAUCGGCGUUGGACAUGACUAUUAAAUGUCAAGGUCCCCUCAAACUAUAUUAUUACCAGUUACCGGACGACAUUUCCGAUAGUUGUAACACCACAGCACCAAACUGUGAUAAUAUAAAGCGUUAUAGUAGAUCGAAACUUUAUGAUCUUCGCAACGAAACAAAUUCUCGUCGCCGUCCUGAAUAUGACCUAAGAGCUGAAUUGCAAUCGCUUGGUGUUUGGAAGUUUAAUACCAGUGGCAACGUUCACCAAAAUGGUGCAGGUUCAACUAUCGAAGGAACCGCAGCAUCUAGCAAUGCAGGUGUAGUUAAUCAUACAGUACAAUUAUCAUCGGCGAAUUUAAAUGUACGAGCCCAACGUUCUCCUGCAAGUCGUGAAACUACAGUAAACAUUUCGAAUUCCUCGCAACAUAAUACAUCUCAUCACAACCUGCAUAAGACAUACAUAGAUCAUCGCAGCAUUUCUUCAUCCCAUCUUAUGCCAGCGUUUGCUAAAAGACGUAUUGCUGCCUCAUCAACACCUUCUAGUAAUGCUGCUGUUAUGGGACCACAAAAUCUAUCGAGCAGUGGAAAUUCAUCUUAUGGACCCAAUUCUCCCGUCGAUACCCGUUCACAAACGCCAACAGAAGUUAAAGAUGCGUUAUGUUACAAUAAUAUAUCCUGCGGAAGUAGCGGGAAUAUGCGGCAACGAAACAAGGAUCACUUGUACGAUUACCGUCAACGCGGAAGUAGCGGCGGCCCGAUCACUGGAGACGACCCCAACAUAUUUAUAUCACCUCAAAGGAAACUAUUAGAGCAAGAUCGCGAGCGGGACAGAGAACUAGAACUUCAGUCUGACAGUAGACGACUAUCAUCACCCAUAUCUUUAGGUUUAUCUAGAUACAGCCACAAUAACGGUGGCAUCGCUCAAGAACGUAGAAUCGGCAGCGGCCGUCUGCUACCACGCGACGUAAACUGGGAUUAUCGUGCUUCUCAAGACAGAGAUAAAAGCCAAAGUUUAAACUCUGCCCCGAUUCAAGAUAAAGAGGUAUUAGCACCAAAUAAUUUAGGUCAGGCUCGAGGUGGCGGGCGGUAUUCAGAUCGACCUCAUGAACGAACUUCAGCUGGAAAUGGAUACUCAGAACGACGACAUUUAGAACGGCGUAGCGGUGGUGACGAUGAUAAUGUACAAGAUAAAUAUGAGUACGUAAACAAUGCUCAAACACCUAAUCCUCAUGGUGGUGGUACAAAGCGAGAUAUGUACGGCACUGAUUCGUCUUCAAAUCAGCAUUCUAUAUCUCAUAUUCGUAAUAGACGGAAUCAGAAAUAUCAUGAUAGAAAUGAGGAGCCUGAAUGGUUUAGUAGUGGUCCAACAUCUCAACAUGAUACGAUUGAAUUGCGAGGAUUCGAAGAAAUUGAUGACCAAUACAAUGGAAGCUGUAGCGGUGGUAUUGGUAGCACUAAGCAAACAACUUUGCCAAAUUCAUCGCGAAAGAUAAGUGAAAGUUCAUCAUCUCGUGAGAGCAGUACUUUGAAUCUGUCUAACUCGAAGUCAAAAGAGCAAUUACAUCUAUCGGUAGAUCAAGAUAAUGAUGCCAAUAAAACUUUAACUUUAUCUCCAAGCACGUUACCAACCGGCAACAGUACAAUUUCUUUUGAAAAUAUGGAUUCUCUCCGUGAUGAAGGGAAAAGUAAAGUGUUUAAAGAUAAUAGGGAGAGCAACAAGAACACUAAAAGAUCAGUAGGAGGCGACCUAGCUAUUGAUGCGACACUCCCAGAUUUUAUGCUAGAAACUGAAGAAAUUUCGAAAAAUUCAAGCACUUCCAGAGAUUCAGAGUUCAAUUUUGAUGUCUUCCUCAAUCCAAAUCUUGAUCCGCUUAAACACUCGUUGAUGCGUGGAGACAAUUCCAAUAAUGAGAAUGAAGUAAUAGGUAGCUCUCGGUUUAGCCGUUGGUUCGCUAAUAAAUCUGUAGGUAAUGAAGUACAACCACCGUCAGGAAGUGACAAUGCAAACAAUAGGGCUAUGAAUUUAAUUGCCAGUGACGGCAAAAAUGAAACAAAUACUUUGAUGGAAUUUCUCAACAAACUGCCAGCUUUACCGGACUCUGUUAUAACCCAAAAAGUUACCGCUAUUACGAGUGUGGAGGAACUGGAAGCACGUAUGGGUGUCAUGAGUACAGCAAAUGAAGUUUUACCAGUGACACACAGUGUCGAUAUGCUAAACAAAAAGAAUGAGGAAAGAGCGCUUGGUAUGAUUCCUCCAACUUCAAAUGAACAGUUAAACUCUGAACAACCUCAAGCUGGGGAAAUUGAAGCAUUUAAAAAGUUGCUGGAACAACUAGGAACUGGAAAUAAACAGCUACAGCAGCAGCAUAACCAGGCACAACAGCUUUUACUACCACAUAAUCUGCAGUCAAACGUUUUGAUAUCACCAAAACAGCGAUCUGGCUCGAUGCAUCCACUUAAUAUUAUGCAAACAGGAGCUGCUCCCAAUCUUUCACAACAAAUUAUCAUUAAAAAUGAUGAACUGAAAAAGAUUUUGCGUUCACAGGGAUUUCAUCAGCAGCAUCAAAAAAAUGAAGACAUUAACAUCUUGUCUCAGUCGCAGCCGCAGCCAAUAUCACUAUCUGUAUUGUUUGGGAAUCAUCCUCAGAAGCGUAUGGAACAUAAUCUGUUCCAAGGUGUACAACGUGGUGCAGUGUCAAUACAUUUUUUAGAACAGCAACUUAAUAACCCGAAUACGUCACCAUCUGUAAAAGAAGCAAUUACUACAGUUCUCCGUGACGCAUCUACAAUGGCAACAUUAGGCAGCAAUGUUCCACAAAGUCAACAGAGCUGCGGACCUAUUGGACUUCAGCAACAGAACUCACUUAUAUGUAACAAUAGUGGAUCAAUCCUCCAUCAAGGCCCCGGUAAUGCACCUAUUGAAUCGUUGCAGCAACACCAGAUUUUGCAGCAAAUUCCGAAUUCAAAUGUCAUGAUUUCAGGACAAACAGAACGGAUUUCACUUCUGCCACAUCAAGCUUCAAAUCACCAAGCUAUUCCGAGCCAACGAGAAAUUCAAUUUCACACACACACCAUUAUGCAAAACGCUUUGUUAAAGAAAAAAAUAGAGGUACAACAGGAUUCAAUUAGACGGCGCCAAGAAAAGCAUCCACAGUCAAAUAAUAUGUUGUUGGGAUUAAAUGAAGUUGAUAUGCAACAGAAGAAUGUUCAGCAAAUGAAUCUUUCAAGUAACAUGCAACAGCAGACUACAGGAACACAACAGCAAGCUCAUGUUUCGCACCCAAUUCAACAACAACAUCAACCAACUCGACAUAUUAAUUCACCAACGCCAUUGGCUUUCACACCAACAUCGGUGUUGCGUAAGAUGACUGCUGAAAAAGAUAAUUCGAACUCAAAUGGAACAACUGUACAUCAUAACGCUUUAAAUUCCGUAAUACAGCAGCAAAAUAAAGCUAUGGCACAAAAUACAUUUAUAAGUCCAACCAACAACCAACAUCAAAUGCAACAGCCUAUAUCUACUCAACCACGGAUGAUACUUGGUGGUAAUCACACACAGCAACAACAACAGCAAAUGAGUAGCAAUAAUCCGUUGCCGCCAAAACCCUUAAACCAGGCACCUCAGCAACAACCGGGCCAACCUUUACGCAAUUCAAUGGCACCAAUGAAAUGGCCGCUACAUUUAGUAAAUCAAAGUAUCACUGCUAUUAAACCAAUGGCCAGAUUUUACCACCCAAAAGUGUCACGGCCGCAACAAAAUUCUCGGUGCAGCCUAGAAUUAACUUUGCGAAAGCGAAUCCAUCAGCUUUUGAUAAAAAACAUUUUAGAACUUUAUUUCAAAAACUUGCAGCACCGAAAACAGAAGUGUGAAUACUACAGUAAAUAAAAACUAAGCUUCAUUCAAGGGUGUACUUAGAGACAUGAAAAAAUUACAAUUUCAAAAUUUUUUUUGCUAUUAAAUUAUUUUGUUUUAUAAAUGUAAAACAUAGUUAAUGAGGUUUUGACUUGAUUUCACAGAAGUUAAAAAAAAAAAUAAAAUUAUUUUAAAAGUAAUGGCGUUGAUCCAGUUCCAACCGAAGCUCCUGACUAUGGGUGCGUUCGAGAUGGCAAUCACGACAGCAGUGUUGCAAAUUUGUCAAAGUAUCACGUUCUGUGUAAAUUCACCUCCAUGUUUGUAUUUAUAACAUUUUUCAAUGGCACUGACUGAAAAAAACCAUGACCAAAAUUAUGCAGCUAAAAGCAACGUAAAAAAAUAGUCAAAGAGUGCGGUUGUGUUUUUAAUACGCGUUUAUUAGCUUGGGUUGUAUGCAUGUAUGUAAUGCAUUCUUAGAGCUCAAUUUUCACUUUUUUCCAGAAUUCUGAUCAACUUGAAACUUUGCUCACGUGUCAAGGACCGAUGACAAUGCAAUAAUUUGAUAACAGUUUCCCAUUAUUUUAAAAGUUGGCGUAACCAAAUUGGCUGAGAGGAAGUCCUUUUAGCAUUUUUACAUACGCUGUGGAAAUGGGUAAAAUCAGAUAAUAACCACGCCCACUCCUUAUAUUUAUAACGGUUAUGUUGAAAAAUACUCAACGUGCGAUAACUCACGAAACAAAUGCGCUAUAUAAAUUUCACAAACAAGAUGGUAGGGAAGAGCUUUACCGGAGAAGGUGAAAAAAUUGUAAAAUGGGCGCAGCCUACCAACCUUUAGAUUAAAUCCCAUAGCUCAGGAACUAUCGAACUAAUUUCAACCAAAUUUGGUAUGUGAGGUUACCCAUUCAUUCCUAUAUGAAAAUAAGCGAAAUUGUA